AUGGAUAUGUACAAAGAACAGAAGAAGCUUGUUUCAGAAUUGAGAAAAGAUCUAGCUGAGGCCAAAAAACAACUGGAACAAUGUAACCAGCUAUCACCAAUGAGUGAGCCUACUACAGCAAGGCCACAGGCAGCAAGUGAAAAGGCUCCACAUUAUCAGCAUCAACAAGCAAGUCCUCCACCACCAGUCCCAACCAUCACCACCACCACUACCACCACCACCCUAGCACGUGGACAACCUGCACAGGAAGCAUCAGAAACAGCAACUAAGAUAUGGAACUCCUAUGGACUCACUGACACAAUACUUGGAGACAAUGGUUCCUACAUUUUUAGAUUUUGCACCAGCCAUGAAGCUGAAAAUGUCCUCACAAAUGGCCCUUGGAACUUAGCUGGGCAUCCCUUCUCCCUCAAGAAAUGGAGCCUUCAGCUUCCACCACACCAAAGCACAGCCUCUUGUAUCCCAAUUUGGGUUAAAUUCUUCAAUAUACCUACCCAUUACUGGACUGCAACAGGUCUUAGUCACAUAGCUAGCUCAGUAGGGGUCCCCCUUUAUGCAAAUCAAGCAACAGUAAGCAGAACUAAACUCAAAUAUGCAAGAAUUUGUGUUGAUAUUGACAUCUCGCAGCCCCUUUUAACUGAAGUUGAACUCAUAAUGGAGGAUGAUACAAUUGAAAGAAUUGGUAUUGAGUACCAAUGGCUGCCCAAAAUAUGCAAAAGGUGCAACAAGCUCAACCACACAGAGUUCUCAUGCCCAUUGAAUGUCACUGAACACACCCCUGCAAGGGAUAAUAGCCCACCCCCCAAAAGCCCCUCAAAUGAUUGGAUUACUGUCAGGAAGAGAAGAAGGCAGCCUGGGAAUAAAGCUCCAACAAAUGAUUCUCACACUAAUAAUCGAUUCUCCCCUCUUCUACAAGCCAACCAUGACACCAAUCCACACCAAUCCUCAUAA